AUGUUUAUUAUAAUUUCAUAUUCUAUUUAUUUCGCGAAUGGAAAACCGUUGCUUCCCAUUCUACGAAGGGCCUACGCGCGGAAGCAGAGCUGAGAAAACAAUGCAGAGAAGCCUCUUGUUCUUCCCGUUGCUUUUGUCGUCGUCGUUGUUGUUUUUGUCGAUCUCGUCGCUGAUUGUGAUGGCGGACGCUGCUGCGUCAACCGGAGAACCACACGCAGCGGUUCACAUUGUGUACAUGGAGCACCAGGAAGGCAAAGAGCCCGAGGCCUCCCACAUCCAAACCCUCUCUGCUGUCCUUGGCAGCGAGGAGGCCGCUAGGGCGGCGCUGAUUUACAGUUACAAGACUGCUACGAGUGGAUUCUCGGCGAAGCUCACGGCUGAGCAGGUUGAAGAGAUCUCAAAGCAACCGGGUGUUCUCCAAGUUGUCCCAAGCAGGACUCUCCAGCUGCAUUCACGACCUGGGAUGCUGCACUAGAAUGUAUGCAUACAGCUACUCUGCCUUCUGCUGUAACUAUGAACAAUGCUACUAAAUCAGUGCGUCUAUGUCUCUGUGGAAAUACUGUCUGAAAUCCACCUAAAUAACCAAAGUAGCAUAUGAUAUGUAUCCCUGUAUGGCAUGUAAAAGUAAACCCUGUUGUCCAGUGUAAUACCACCUUCCCUUGCAUUGCA